CACGCGCUAACUGAAAUAAAAAAAAAUCGACUCCGGAUAAAUAAAAUAAAACGGAUAUAAAAAAAUUUUAAGCGUUUGGCAUUUUGUCAACCAGUAAAGGGCCAAGCGAGAAACGAAACAAAAAAAAAAUAAUAAAAAAAACAGGGAAGAGUGGUGCACAAGUGGCUGCAACAAAAGGCUGCUCCCAAACCACCGACCAAACCAGCGACCUCUGACCCUACAACCGAAAAAAAACGAAAAUCUCCCUGGCCGGAAAACGCUUGUUUCGAUACGCGAGCGAAAGUGACGGGUGAGAAGAAGAAGAAGCAGCCAGGCCAGGCUAGUGACAAGAAACAACAGCACCAACAACAAAACAAACAGCUCUAUGCCGGCACCAAGAUGAGACCUGGCCGAACGACAAGAACAACGCACCAGCUCCUGCUACUCCCACUAAUCCUCACCACCUGGAUUAGUUCGGCCCACGCCCAGUGUCCCUGGCAGAGGGAUGUGCCCGAUUUGCAGACCAGCUGCAUCUGUGCCUACAACCUGGGCCGGGAGCUAUCCGUGCAAUGUGAUCAGGUGGAUUUCCAACAACUUCUGGAGGCAAUGAACACCCAUGCUCGCCUCAAACCCGUGGAUCUGCUUUACGUGAACAACGCCUCCAUCCCGGAGCUGCCUGACGGAGUUUUCACCAACCUGAGCCUCCACAAUGUCCAGCUCUCGAGCUGUGGCAUCCAGCGGAUAGCUGCUGGCGCCUUCAAAGGCCAGGAGUCGGUGCUGAGGAAUCUGAAUCUGCAGGAUAAUCUGCUCUCCGACGUGCCGGUGGAGGCACUUAAGGUGCUGGGAAAGCUGAAUCUGCUGGAUCUGUCGAAGAACCAGCUAACUCAAAUACCCGAUGAUGCCUUUACUGGCCUGACCAAGCUCUCCACCCUCAAGCUGAACGACAACAAUGUGACCCUGGCCGCUGGCGCUUUUCGAGGCCUGGAGCAGAGCCUGAAGAACCUGAAUCUCAAAGGAACCAAACAGCGCCGGGUGCCGGAAUGCAUCCGGGGACUGAAGAGCCUGGCCUUCCUCGAUCUCUCCCAGAACGGCAUCAAAGAACUGCCCGGUGCUGGUGGUAUUCGGGUGUUCGAUGGCCUCGAUGCCUUGACGGCCCUCAACCUGGAGAGGAAUCUAAUCCAGAGUAUUGGAGAAACGGCAUUCGCGGGUGUCCGAAAGACCCUGAGCUCGCUCAGCUUGCUGAACAACCUGCUGGCCGAGUUCCCCAUCGGAGCCGUUCACUCGCUGAAGGAGCUGCGCGUCCUGGACAUUGGUUUCAAUCUGCUGACCACUCUGCCGGAGGCAGCCUUCCGUGGCAACCCGGGCAUCACCCUCCUGGCUCUCGAUGGCAACCCCUUGAGCAGUGUACCCGAGGGCGCCUUCACCCACCUGAAUGCCACGCUGCGGGGCCUGUCGCUGGGAGGCAGGUUCCUGCACUGCGAUUGCAAGCUGCGCUGGGUGGCCGAGUGGAUACGGAAUGGAGACCUGCAGGUAACAUCGCGGGAACGGAACCCACAGUUCUGCGGCACUCCCCCUCGCUUCCGGGACCGUGGCUUCUACUCGAUUCAACCCGAGGAGCUGAGCUGUCCGGAUAUAGCCGAUGCGGCCCUUCGUGGUCCUGUCGGCCUGGCCGAUAACCUGAAGCCCACGCUGUCGGCCUCCCCCGACUCCGUGGAAUAUGAAACGGGCACGGGCACGGAUGCGGGAACUGGAACGAGUACGGCCACGGGUACAGGCACUGCCGCCUCUUCUCCGGUUGGCAGCAGUGUGAGCAGCCCCUCGACUUCAACAACGACACCCACAACGACAACCACAACCACCACUCCGGAGCCAACAACGAAGCGCAGCACGACUCGUCCACCCACCAAGGCAGCAACCACUGUCUCGGCUACCACCGCCUCGCCAACAUCGAAUCUUUCGGUGAAUGGCACGGGAACAGUCCAUGCCACCUCCAUCACCACGAGCAGCAGUUCCUCCACCUCGACUGCGGGCCAUGGAAAUGGCAAACAAGCGCCAGGAUGGCGUCAAGGUGUGACCAAUGGAAAUGGCAACGGAGCAGGGGGGUCAGGUCUCCACAAGCCGCAGAGGCCGCCACUCGUCCUGGGGUAUCCUCCGCAGAGGGGAACCCGAAUCGACGAUGCCAACGAGGUGCAGGUGAAGCAUGCCUUCCGACAGGAUAGUUCCGUAAUCAUCCAAUGGGAUUCCGAUACCGCAAACAUCCUGGGCUUCCGUGUGGUUUACCGACUCUUUGGCGAGAAGGCCUUUAAACAGGGACCCCCACUGGAGGCCAGCGAGCGGGAGUUCAAGAUCAAGAAUGUCCCGGCCCAGGAGUGCAUCAUUGUGUGCGUCAUCUCGCUGGAGGAGCUGCAUGUAACCCCAGAGACAGUGCCCUAUCAGCAGUGCCGCGAAGUGAGGACAGUGGCCUCCCAGGCCUCCAACAUGGACAAGAUAACGAUUGCGGCCAGUGCGGCCAUUUGUGGCACCAUCAUUGUGGCCGUGAUUGUCUUCAUAGCUGCCAGCAGGCGCUCCCGCAAACUGCAGAACAACCAGCAGAAGAGCCCGCUGCCAAUUGGAGGUCUGCCCGUUAAUUGCUGCGGUCCGACCGGUUCACCCGGACCACUUGGCUCCAUUGCAACGCUAUCGGCCUUUAACAAUCACAAGGAAUGGGAUCAAGUCUCGGCCUACAGUGGUCGCUCCAUACCGCGUCCUCGCAUUUAUCCUGUUGACCAGCCGGACGACAUGCGUAGCCACUUCUCCGGAAUGCCCGGCAAGGUGGGCAAGUCAAGCAGGUCCUUGGCGGAUGGACAGUCGCAGCACAGUUUCUCGAAUAAUUCGCAUCGCGGCUACCUGAACAGCGCCUUCCCCUCGAACUUGGUGAACUCCCGACCGGAAUUGCGACAAUCCCGGCAAUCCCUGGCCGCCGCCUCGGAGCGCAUGUCCCGGGCCUCCUACGCCGGCUCCAUUCACGGGGGCGGUGGUGGUGGCAACGGCGUCAAUGGCGGAGUACCGGGUGGUCUGCCCGUUACCAGCCUGAUGGCCAUGAGCGGAAUGGUGGGUGGUGGUGGACCAGCCAGCAUCGCCUCCAGUGCCAGAAGAUCGCGUCCCCGAUCCAGAUCACGCGAACAGCUGAACGCCACGCACAUACAUAACCAUCGACCGGGAAGUCGAUACUCGCAGGCGGGAUCGACACACACCUUGAACAACUACUGCGACACAUCGGACAAUUGGACGGAUCACGACAUGGACAUCUAUAUGGCCCGCAAUCCGACGACGCGGAACGGUUUAGUGCCAUUAUGAG